GCAAGCCAGGAAAGGUAAUUGCUUACAGAGAGACGAUAUAGACCAUAUUUUAUUCAAAAACAAAGUAAAAGAGAAGGAAAUAUACAAUGGAAGAUUUACAGGUACAUUCUAAGAAAGAAGUAGAUAAGAUUAGAUGGGAGAAGUUGAAGAGAGUGGCAUCCAUGGCGGCUCCUAUGGUGGUGGUAAACAUAUCUCAAACCCUUCUUCAAGCCACUUCUACAAUGAUUGUUGGUCACAAAAGUGAGAUCUCUCUAGCUGGAAUUGCUCUCGCUAGCUCCAUCGCUAAUGUAACCGGGUUUAGUCUCCUCUCUGGACUAGCGAGUGCAUUAGAAACAUUAUGUGGUCAAGCCUUUGGAGCUCGUCAGUACGAGAAGCUCGGUUCCUAUACUUUCACUUCCAUUGUUUCUCUCCUCAUCAUAUGUUUCCCAAUCUCACUUCUAUGGAUUUUCAUGAAGAAUAUUUUGUUAUUGUUUCAUCAAAAACCCGACAUAUCAGAGAUAGCUUCUGUUUACUGCCUUUGGCUCAUACCAGCUUUAUUUGGUUACUCUGUACUUCAAUCUUUGAUUCGCUACUUCCAAACACAAAGCUUGAUUUUCCCUAUGGUUUUCUCUUCUUUAACGGUUCUGUGUUUCCACGUGCCGGUUUGUUGGGUUUUGGUUUACACUUUAGGGCUUGGGACCAAAGGUGCUGCUUUAUCUGUUAGCCUUUCGUAUUGGCUUAAUGCGGUUUUCCUCUGGUUUUUCAUGAGACGUUCUCAUGUUUGCGAAGGCAAACGCGUUUUUAUAUCGAUGGAAGCGUUUGGUCACAUGAGGACCUUUUUCUCCUUAGCGGUUCCUUCUGCUAUGAUGAUUUGUCUUGAAUGGUCGGCUUUCGAAAUUUUGGUUCUUAUUUCUGGAGUUUUACCCAACUCAAAGCUGGAGACCUCUGUGAUUUCUAUGUGCGUGACAUCGUCUUCGUUGCACUACAAUCUAGCAACUGCGAUCGGUGCGGCCGCAAGGUUCAUAACACCUAAACGGGAGGAAUACAUUUUAGUAAUGAGUAAUAUUUUUAUGUGUCCGACGACAACAAAUUUUCUUUAUAAAAACCAAAGAGCAAAAGAGAAAAGAAGAGCUCUCACUUAUCACAAAUCUGAAAGUGUUUGCACUGACUACAGACCCAAAGAUUCGAGAUACCAUCAGCAUACAACAAUAUGUGCAAGACGUUUACAAGUGGACCAUGAUAAAGUCAUCAAGUAUCGCACCAUGGAAACGCACCGCGGUGGAAACGAAAGCUAAGGGUUGUAUAUUAAUACUGCUCAUGUAAUCACAUUUGGUCAUCAAAAGAAACUGUUAAAAAGCAGAAAACAUAAAAGAUCAAGUUACUCACAGUUUUCACCAUUUGAAUAUUGUCAAGCUGACACAUCUUUCUUUUGUUGUUGGAGAACUG